AGCUUUGGGAACCUCCUCGCAGGAGGCAAGAAGGAGAGGAGAGGAGAGGACAGGAGAAAGAGGAACAGGCUGGAGGCCGGACAGGCGGAUGGAUUCGGGGCUGUGGCAUGAAGUUGCUGCCCAGCUGGAGAGCGGUGCUGCCCGUGGACCCUCCGGCCUGGCCAUGGACAUGGCAGUUGAGAAGAACUGCUCACACCUGUGCCCCAGAGAUGAGCGCCCAGGCGGACUCCGAGGGCCGGACACAGCAUGAGUACAGCAGGGACCCCCUGAAAUCCCCGCCCAUGGAGCCCAAGUUUGACAUGUUGUACAAGAUUGAGGACGUGCCACCUUGGUACCUGUGCAUCCUGCUGGGCUUCCAGCACUACCUGACGUGCUUCAGCGGCACCAUCGCUGUGCCCUUCCUCCUGGCAGAGGCGCUGUGUGUGGGCCACGACCAGCACAUGGUCAGUCAGCUCAUUGGCACCAUCUUCGCGUGUGUGGGCAUCACCACCCUCAUCCAGACCACGCUGGGCAUCCGGCUCCCGCUGUUCCAGGCCAGUGCCUUUGCGUUUCUGGUUCCAGCCAAAGCCAUCCUGGCCCUGGACAGAUGGAAAUGCCCCUCAGAAGAGGAGAUCUAUGGUAACUGGAGUCUGCCCCUGAACACCUCUCAUAUCUGGCAUCCACGGAUACGGGAGAUUCAGGGUGCAAUCAUGGUGUCCAGCAUGGUGGAAGUAGUGAUUGGACUGAUGGGUCUACCUGGGGCCCUGCUCAGCUACAUUGGGCCUCUCACGGUCACCCCCACUGUCUCCCUUAUUGGCCUGUCUGUCUUCCAAGCUGCUGGCGACCGAGCUGGCUCCCACUGGGGCAUCUCAGCUUGCUCCAUUCUCCUGAUCAUCCUCUUCUCCCAGUACCUGCGCAACCUCACCUUCCUGCUGCCUGUCUACCGCUGGGGCAAGGGCUUCACUCUCUUCCGCAUCCAGAUCUUCAAGAUGUUUCCGAUUGUGCUGGCCAUCAUGACCGUGUGGCUGCUGUGCUACAUCCUGACCCUGACAGAUGUGCUGCCCACAGACUCGACAGCCUAUGGCUUCCAGGCACGAACUGAUGCCCGUGGGGACAUCAUGGCUACCUCACCCUGGAUCCGCAUCCCUUACCCCUGUCAGUGGGGCCUGCCCACAGUGACUGCUGCUGCUGUCCUGGGAAUGUUCAGUGCCACAUUGGCGGGCAUCAUUGAGUCCAUCGGAGAUUACUACGCGUGUGCCCGCCUGGCUGGCGCACCACCCCCUCCAGUACAUGCUAUCAACAGGGGCAUCUUCACCGAAGGCAUCUGCUGCAUUAUCGCGGGGUUAUUGGGCACAGGCAACGGGUCCACCUCGUCCAGUCCUAACAUUGGCGUCCUGGGGAUUACCAAGGUGGGCAGCCGGCGCGUGGUGCAGUACGGUGCGGGUAUCAUGCUGAUCCUGGGCGCCAUCGGCAAGUUCACGGCCCUCUUCGCCUCGCUCCCUGACCCCAUCCUGGGCGGCAUGUUCUGCACCCUCUUCGGCAUGAUUACUGCUGUGGGGCUGUCCAACCUGCAGUUCGUGGACAUGAACUCCUCCCGCAACCUCUUCGUGCUCGGAUUUUCCAUGUUCUUCGGGCUUACGCUGCCCAAUUACCUGGAGUCCAACGCUGGCGCCAUCGACACAGGUGUUCCUGAAGUGGAUCAGAUUCUGACUGUGCUGCUGACCACGGAGAUGUUUGUGGGCGGGUGCCUUGCUUUUAUACUCGACAACACAGUGCCAGGGACCCCAGAGGAACGAGGUCUGAUACAGUGGAAAGCCGGGGCCCAUGCCAACAGUGAGACGUCUGCUAGUCUCAAGAGCUACGACUUCCCCUUUGGGAUGGGCAUGGUAAAAAGGAUUGGCUUUCUGAAAUACAUUCCUAUCUGCCCAGUCUUCAAAGGAUUUUCUUCAAGGUCUAAAGAUCAGUUUCCAGUUCGAGAAGACACUCCAGAAAAUAUAGAAACUGGGUCUGUGUACACCAAGGUCUGAAAAGUUACUUCCAGGAAAGGAAGCAUGGUUUAUAACAGGAAAAGAAAACUACAUGGGGAGCCUGAAGACUUAAGUCUGAAAUGCCAACUCUGCCCCUAACUAACUUCCUAUGUAAACUUGGAUAAGCCACCCUCUCUGGGAUUCCAUUUUUGCAUGUUAAAAAAAAAAGGGAGGAAUGGGCCAAUGUCUCUAACAGCUUUAGAGAUUUAUACCAUAUUAUUCUAUGUCUUUAAAUCUUUACUUUCCUAAAUGCACUUGUCAACAUAUAGGAAGAAUAGCUGGAAAUCUUCCUCUAUCACAUUUUGGAUUGCAAUUUGA